CUCAGAAAACCGUAACCUAGGACUUAUCUCUUUCAUAUUUGCCGCUGCCGCAGCCUGCCGUUCCCUGUGGCGCCGAUCUACCUGAAACCAAAAAGAUUUCACCUACCCGAAACAAUCAAUGGCUCCUCUGAUGACCUCUCAAGCUAUCCUAGUCCGAAGCCCACUUCUCCUCCCACCGCCAAACCUGAAACCCAUCUUCCAUAACCCCCGAAAUCCCAUCUCUUUCCGCCUCCCCACUAAACGUAACCCUACCCUUGUGCUCGCUUCCGCUUCCACUUCCGCUUCCUCUUGUCUCCCCACUUUAGCCCCACAAACCCCAGAAAUCCCUUGUCUCCCCACUUUAGCCCCACAAAUCCCAGAAAUCCCGUCUCAGUCCGCAAUCACCCAAAUCCUCACUACCGUCGCAGGCGUAGCCUUAUUCGUCGCAACCCUCACCCACAAACUAAUCGGAAAACUCUCUCCCAAAAUCACCGAACAAGCUGGCAUGGUUGGUCCGCUGUUCUUUGCGGCGCUAAAGGAUCGGCCCAGCGGGUACCUGAACACGCCUCUGACGGUGGUGGCGGCGGGCAUGGCCAAGUGGCUUGACAUCUACAGUGGCGUUUUGAUGGUUAGAGUUUUGCUCAGCUGGUUCCCCAACAUUCCCUGGGAGCGCCAGCCCUUGUCGGCGAUUCGGGACUUGUGCGAUCCCUAUUUGAAUCUCUUCCGGAAUAUAAUCCCACCAAUAUUCGAUACACUGGACGUGAGCCCACUUCUGGCUUUCGCGGUGUUGGGCACUCUUGGGUCCAUUCUUAAUAGCAGUAGGGGAAUGUAUUGAGAAGAAGAGAGGAUUGCUGGGUUAUCUUGGAUCAUGAUUGGGGAAAAGUGAAUGUGAAGGAUUGACUUUUGGGACUGCAGAUAGCUAUAUGAAUCAGAAUCGCUUUCAAAUGCUCAUGGGUUGGAAAAUAUCUACCAGUGUCUACCUAUACCAGCAAUAUCUUAAGUUGAUUCUUCAGAGUACUCUCUCUGUUCUGAGAGUUGGCUAGUGUUGCUGAAAAAAAAAAAAACACUUUUUACCGGAGGUUUACAUGUAUCUGGUUUUGGCUUUUUAUUAGAAGUAGUUACUAUAUAGAACUCUCUCUCCUUGUUGUAAAGCUGUUCCUUGCUUGUCUUGUGGGCAUGGCCUCUUUAUACUUCUUUGUUGUUUACAUCUAUUCAUUUCUUCUUCCUUGUUUCUCUUUUUAA